GAGUGUGGGUCAGCGGACAGCAAGAGCGUGGGUCUUCUUCCUGCGUCCUGGGCUCCUGUGGCCUGAACUCUUGCCCCGUGUGUGGUGGUGUCCAGGUCUGACGUCUCAGUUCUCCAGCACCGGCGCGCCCGCCACGUCCCCGCUCGGGUUCUUGUCCCCGGCGGGGGAGGAGGCCCUAGCACGGCGCGGGGCGGUGCAUCUCGCACGGAGCUCCGUGCGUGGGGAGCGAGGGAGCCCGGUACUCGCGCGAUGACGGCCCAGGGUCCUGGGCUCUUGCGGCCGCCGCUGUUGCUCCCGUUGCUGCUGCUACUGCUGCAGACUGCGCCCGCCUGGGGUUGGGAGAACGCGGACCUGGAACUGUUCGACCUGGUGGAGGAGGUGCAGAGCAACUUCUACCACUUCCUCGGUGUGCAGCAGGAUGCUUCAUCUGCAGACAUCAGAAAAGCAUACCGUAAGCUUUCACUAACUUUACACCCAGACAAGAAUAAAGAUGAAAAUGCAGAAACUCAGUUUAGACAAUUGGUGGCUAUUUAUGAAGUUUUAAAGGAUGAUGAACGAAGGCAGAGGUAUGAUGAUAUCCUGAUCAAUGGACUACCAGACUGGCGACAGCCUGUAUUCUACUACAGGCGGGUGAGAAAAAUGAGCAAUGCUGAGCUGGCAUUCCUCUUGUUCAUUAUUCUCACCGUGGGCCAUUAUGCCGUGGUUUGGUCAAUCUACCUGGAAAAACAGCUGGAUGAACUGCUUAGCAAAAAAAAGAGAGAAAAGAAGAAAAAGACAGGAGGCAAGAGUGCGGAGGAGGGGAAGCUGGCUGCUCUAGAGAAAAAUGAAAGAUUGCUAAUGAAACCACAGUGGCAUGAUUUGCUGCCAUGCAAGCUGGGAAUUUGGUUCUGCCUGACUUUAAAAGCUCUGCCUCAGCUCAUACAGGAUGCCAGACAAUUUUAUGCGGAAUAUAAAGAGACAAAACUGAAGGAAAAAGAAGAUGCCUUGGCUAGAGCUGAACUUGAAACACUUCAAAAGGAAAAGAAACCUAAAGUUAAAAAAACAAAACCAGAAUUCCCUAUGUAUACAUCUUUGGAACCCAGUGUAUAUAAGCCUUCUUAUGAUCAUGGAACUUCUAUAGAAGAAAUUGAAGAGCAAAUGGAUGAUUGGUUAGAGAAUCGGAACAAAAUCCAAAAAAAGAAGGCACCUGAAUGGACAGAAGAGGACCUCAGCCAGCUGACAAGAAGUAUGGUUAAGUUCCCAGGGGGGACCCCAGGUCGAUGGGAAAAGAUUGCUCACGAAUUGGGUCGAUCAGUGACAGAUGUGACGGUGAAAGCUAAGCAGCUGAAGGACUCAGUGACGUGUACCCCAGGAAUGGUUCGACUUUCAGAACUCCGGUCCUCAGCGCAGACUUCGAAGCCCAUCAGAGCCGCAGUGACCCUGUCGGACCACCUCAUCACGCAGCGAGAAGAAAAGGAGGCGGCCGAGGAGGAGCCCGAGGAGCCCGGAGAGAGCCCGGGAGAGCCCGGCGAGACCCAGCCAAUGCCCGAAACCAGGCUGCAUCGGAGGCGCAAGCCGAGGGAAGAGCCUGAGGAGAAGUCCAGAGGGAAGAGGCAGAAAGACUUUGACUUGAACGAGCAGGAGGAGCCCAGCGACGAGGAGGAGGCGCGCCGGAGAGCCAGGAGCCGCCCCGCGCCGGCCGAGGAGCUCUGGACUCAGAACCAGCAGAAGCUGCUGGAGUUGGCUCUGCAGCAGUACCCCAAAGGCACGGCGGACCGCUGGGACAAGAUAGCCAAGUGUGUCCCAGACAAGUCGAAGGAAGAAUGUGUGGCACGAUACAAGCUUCUGGUUGAACUCGUACAAAAGAAAAAACAAGCCAAAAGCUGAAUCUUUGGGGAAGAAGAAUGUUCCUUCCAUCUUCCAGAAGGAGAGAAGAUUUUAAAUGUCAUCUGCAGUGAUUUGCAUUUUGUACCUCAGUAUUUCUAUACGUCAUGUGCCUUAGUAAAAAAAUGCCAAUAAAUCUUCUGCCAUCUUGCUUUAAACA